AUGCGAUUCAGUGAUCAGUUUCUUGCUCGGGUGGCUUCCCAGCUGGACCUGAAGCUCCUCUUUAGGUUCCAGGGCUUGUCACAAAGAACAUACGAGGCCGGUUAUCAAGUUACGGCACUCAACAAUGUUGAUCUGCAUUAUCCGGGGCUGAAUAAGGUCUUGAUAAAAUACAGAAAGGUUCAGCAGGCAUCGAUAAUAAGCCUCUACUCGGCUCCUGCUCGCCCCAUUGGGGUCUUAUUUUAUCGAUAUUGGGUUGAUCUCAAGUCUCUUUCGUUCACCUUUCAACGCUGCGACAUCUUCGUUAACUUUAUAAGUACUUCGCUGAUUAAAGGAAAGGAUGAGACGGAAUCGGAGAAGAGCUUUCUGGCGUUAACAGACCUCAGCAUUACUAUCUACACUACAGGAGAUUCCAAAUACUGUUCGCCGCUAAGUGUCUUUCCUCCUGUGCAUGCAGCAAAAAUCAGAAGGCUGGUUUAUGAUUGCAAGUUUGAAACAAGAAUUCCUACCGCCUUCAAGAACUUUACUGCGAUUCAAGACCUUACCCUCUACGGACCAAGCGAGCCCAACUUUAGACUAAUUAACAUGCCAAGCCUUAGAAACUUAAGACACUUUAUUGUUCAUAAGGCGAACUUAUAUCCUGUUGAGAUUCUUGCUAUCCUAAAGAGUAAUCCAACAAUAGAGAUUCUUGAGAUCUAUGCUAUUUCUCUGGACCCUCCCCAAGACGAUGGCUUUUCCUUAGUGACAAUUUGUUCGGAUUUAGAGCGGAAAGAUGGUACUUUAUGCGAUGAACAAGACAGUCAAUACAAACAAACCUUCCGGAAAAAGUACAGACUGAAUCCGUACAAGACUGUCACCAACCUGAAAAGCAUUAUGAUAAGCACUGCAUCCCAGGUCCCUCUCGACAUCGUUACCCUUGUUACUGCGUGCAGUCCCCACUUGAUCAAGUUGUCUAUCAGCAAUUCUGUCUUUAUAUCGCGUCACUUUAUUAAAGAAACUCGCUUCCUAGACAUUCUCAAAGAAAACUUCACGUGUCAUAGCGUUCUAUCUCUUGCAUGUACUACAGAUAAGAAGCAGGAAGAGGAGGAAGAACGAGAACGCAGCAAGUGCCCAGCAGCUUUGCCUGCAGAUAAAAAUCGUUCUAAGCCUAAGUUACUACAGCAAAAUGAUGUGCCACCGGAUGCUGAUUUGAGUGGAAUCAAGCUCGUUACCCCAACAACAACAACAGCGUCACUAUCAUCUGGUCAGUCGUCUAUGUAUUCUGGUCUAAGCUCUAACACAGACAUUGUUAAGCGUCCGCCCUUCUCGUCAACAAUUAAGACAUGCUGUCAAGAUGCUCGGAUGACAACUGAUAGCAUGUCUACGCCUGAGCUGACAUCCUCAGUAAUAUUUGAACAGAACGAUAUGUCUAAGGAUGAUUUAAAAUCCACCUCUCUAAAGAGCUAUCUUCCCUGCAUUGUUACUGACGCUCUCGCGCAGAUUAAAACAGAUUAUCGAAAUGAUGCUGACCUUUCUUCGGAGGACACUAUACCGCCUUCUCUCUUCAAGCAUAACGUUGCAGACAGCUCUCUACCUAGUUUUCAAAUUAGAUACUCUGAGUCUCAGCCUCAUCUGGUAACGUACUCUGCACCCUACUCUUCAAUUUCUACUACAACAUAUGUCGACAACAUCCCUGAUUCUACAUUCAGUUUUCAAUCUUCUGUAUACUCAAUGAGUGCAAUGCUCCACAACCCCAGCCUCACUAUAGAUGGAUAUCCCAGGAAAUACUAUGAUAGCCAUCUUGCCAGAAAUAGAAGUAGACUAUCAUCAGCUACAAAUGGUAUUCAAAGUACUUACAAUGAUAUUUACAAUAGUGACCAAGAUAGCACCAGAUCAUAUGUUCUAGUGAACGAUGAGCCUUACAGCAGGUCUCCAUCAGAUGACUCUGACAACUCUGGUACAAAUCAAGAACUAGAUAGAGAGCAAGAUUUGGACCUGGUCAGCUUUCAUCAUCCUCGAAACAUUGUUUCCAACAAGAAUGUAUACUCCGGCGCUCUACCUCAUCUGUCUAACAAUUCUCAUCAAAUAACAUGGAACUUCUAUCCGUUUUUGAAUCCUCAAGAACGGAUGUUGUCUCACACCCAGAGUCCGUGGCAUGCAGAUGAUCCUAUUCAUAAAAGAUACCCGUUUGUUGGCCAGCUUUCCUCUCAGAAGAAGGAGCUCCCCUUUCUUAGCAAGCAGUUACAACCACCAUAUUACUUCAAUGAUCCUGCACUAGGUCACAGAACCUCUAAUAAGGAUGGGGAUAGACACGGAGGAAAGUGCUCACAACGUCCAAACUCCGUAGGAAAGUGUUCCGGUACAUCUGUAAGAUUUUUCACGAAAUGCCAAGACGCAACUGCCCAUAAGCAACGGAGUAAUGAAAGUAGCCAGCUCUCGCCGCUCAGGCCUGAAUCGUGUGCUCGAAGAGCGAGGAUGCACAUGCGCGUAUAUAGUUCAAUGAAUGAUUACAGUGGCUACGGAGUAUUUACUACUUCUAGUACACGUACAGACGCAUCACUAAAUAAUUCUGAUACUGCCUCUGUCAGAUCAGUGCAGUCAGGUACUCAUUUGGAUGCCAGUUCAGACGAGAAAGCCAGCUCGUUACCUCCAGCUAACCUAGAUACUAAUUUUUCCUGUAGUGCUUCAUUGCCUAGCUACAAAAAGACCUGUACUAUUCCAUUACAGACUGAAGAAGAGCCUCUGAACAACCUAGGAAAGAACUUACUUGAUGGCAUUCCAAACAACCCGCUGCUGAUAGCAACUGCCAAGGAAUCGCCUCACGCAAACACAGCUCCGUCACCUCCUGUUAAUUCACUGAGCUUGGAGCAACCAUAUCAGCCCUUGCAGAUAAAUCUAUCAAAAACUACCAACGCUUCAGACUCCAGCUUUGAGAAAUAUGUGACGAUGGUAACAGGCGUUUCUGCGAAGAAAAAUAAGCUCUCUAGUCUUAGUCAGACCUUGAGCCUUUUCGGUGGCUCUUUGCCUGAGGACCUCGAGAGUAAUGCUACCGCAAAACUGAUACCAGGAAAUACUCAGAAUGCUCAAGAGCAGCAAACUACAGAAGGCCAGAUAGACGAGGGUUUUAAGCCAUAUGCCUCGACAACAGAUCUAACUUCUCGAGAAACGUCCAUGAUAAUACCUCAUAAUCCAGGACUAACCAAUACUUCUACAUUCUCUGUGACUAGGAAUAUCAAUUCCUUGUUGCAGAAUAUGUGCAUUCCUCAAGACAGUGAAGAGGACCUAGAUGAUGCUGAGGAGGUAAUGCCACAACUACUAGUAUCACACCUUAGAGCCAUUUCCACUCCUAUAGUACAUCUUCACGAAUUUGAACAAUCAACCCGCAACGCGCUGAUUUCGGAACGAGUCCAUAAUACAAAGUGUUUUACCAGUCACGACGAUGCUUGGUCAUACAUUGGCAAGUGCAUGGAGUGGACUGAAGAAGAUAAGAUAAUAGCAGGGGGCUUCUACCAACAAACUGCCUGGAAAAAUGCUGCAUUUAUGUGUCAGCGGUACGAGAAAACAUAUAUGGACAUGGCCCGCAGUGCGGGGGUGCUAGAUGGCAGCACAGAUGAGGCCAGCUUCCAACCUAUCAUCAAGUGGCUUCAUCAAGGUAUAAGGUUAAAGGGACCAAAGCAGCUGAAGACAGCAUAUUUAUGGUCCAACUACCAUAUGUUAUCACCAAUAUACGACGAUUGCAAGUUCACCAUCAGAGAUAUGCAGAAUGAGCUCUUUCAAGCCAAGAUGAACUCACAGCUCGCUGCUAUUGAGCCUUUCUUUAACACCAAUAUCUCGGGAAAGCCAUUUUAUCAGACGAAAACGGCUAAUACGGGAUAUGUAGAGAAGAUUAUUCUUACGAGCAAUAAGCUGCGGGCGUCCAUGACCGUUGUUGCUAACGCCUCUGUCAGUACAAAGGAGCGAGGAGUGGAUGCCCAAGGCGAGAAGGCAAUUGCAGGUCUAAGCUUGACCUCAUUAUCCGGUUCUUCACAAAGCAUAACGGCACCAGCUAUCUCAGAUAAGCAAGCAAACGAGAAAAUCAAGUCGAUACCUGAAAGCGAAAGCACUAAGCCCUCUAAAAAGAAUUCUAGCGGAUCUAGAAAUGAGCAGUCAAUAGGGGCCAGUAAGCUUUCGAGCCUGUUGGCCGUCAUAAGAAAUUACAAUAAAACAGCGGGUGUGUCACCGAAAGCCGCUAAAACCCAAGCUAAGAAUCCGACUCUCAUUGACAGCUCUAAUCCAGAUCUGAUUCAGGAAUCAAGCAAUACAAAAACAAAUCCAUCAGCAUCUUCUUCAACUGGCAACUUGGAUCAAAGCAAAGAAAAUAGAAAAGUAUCGGAGCAGCAAAAUACGUCGCAGCUUUUGGACAUAUUCCGUAAAGACAUACAGCUUAUCGAUUUACACGAAGUUCAUGAUGUAUAUAGUCUACCAUUUAAUAAAAAUUUAGUUGCCGAGCCAGAUAAGAUGCUCUACUUCGACAUGAGGAUAAACCCUUGUGUCGAUCAAAUAAUAGGACAAAUAAUAACACAUGACAUGCUAGAGCAGGACAAGAAGGAGCAUGUGCAAAAGGUCGGGGAUUCCUUCGAUGGAUUCAGCCAGACCAAGAACAAUACCUUAUUUUGCAACAUUCUGCUUAUUUCGACUCUUUCUAGAUGCAUUACAAGGAUACAUAUGCCGUCAAUCCAUUUGUCGGUAGAUGAUAUAAUAUUAAUGGCUACUAGGUUUAAAAACCUGAGAUCGUUAGAGAUAGGAUCACUGCCCACUCCAACAUCUGACUUCCGGGACGCUCUUUCCGUUAGGGACACAACAGACGACGGCCUUGAGCAGAGACCUCGUGCAAAGAGCGACGGAGGUGCACCAGCCUUAGAUGGGGCCCAAAACUCCUCAGUUGAAGCGACAAUGGGCUUUAUGGUACCAGCAUCCUUUUCUAGAACAAUCAUAUCCUUUCCAAGCAUGACAGAACUUUUCCUUCGCAACGGCUACAUGGUUGAUAUUCUUCUUAUUCUUCAGCUAUUUCCUAAUCUCAAGUGCCUCCAGCUUGAAAACUGCAUUCUCUUGAACACCGUUACAAAUGAAAUGGCCUUUUGCUCUACCAACGAAUUUCGCAAGCAAUUUGUUUUAGAAGAACUAACUGUCAUUGGCAGUUUGAAGACAGAUCGUAUGACUCUCCGCAAUAUAAUGCUGCUGUUACGCGAUACUCUUACAACUGUCUAUUUGAACAGGACGAGAAUACCAUUGCAUAAUAUCUGGAGAAACAAUGUAGUGUAUAUGCCCAGACUGCGGCAUGUAACCCUGCAGUCAGCCAUCUACGAUGAGACUACUGAGAUGGACGAGUACAUAGCACGUUAUCCAAAGAUGGCCAACUAUGGGCGCUGUAGCCUAUCGUUGCUCGACCUUUUAGCAGUUAUAGCCUGCUAUCCUAAUUUGGAGACUCUGUCCUUCUCACAGCUCCACACGUUUGACUACGGUGGAGUGCAUGAGGCUGUUAGUAGCGCUAUAAUACUACGAAUACUCGACCAUCUUUCCGAAGCAGAUGGCACUUACUGUCUAAAGCGUCUGAGAACACUGUCACUUAGGGGCGCUUCAGAAGGCGAUGUUGACGUGUUUAUAUUGACAAUGGCUAAGAUCUGUGACAUGAAGAGUCUGACACGUGUGUCGCUAGAGCUUUUGUUCUGGAAUGGCGACAUUUUGAAACCAGCUAGUCUCCAGGAAUCAAAGCUUUUCUCAGAUGGUUGCUCUAUUUCUAUAGUGUUAGAUCAGACUAAGGAAACGCAGUGA